AGCUAAUCACUCGCGGAGUCAUAGAUAUCGGAUGCAGCUCUGCUUAACUAGUAGUCUAGGACACGCAUCCCAUGAAUUAAAAAUAUGGUCCGAUGCGGACAGAUGCACCGUUAAUCUAAUCCGGUAAUUUCAGGUCUUUCUCCGGUUUAUUUCCAGUCAGCCAAGAACUAAGUACAGAUGUACCUCCGUAUCUACCGGUAAGCCGGGACUCGGGACUCAGCCCUGAUGGCGCUGACAAGGAGUUACACAGAAACGGUGGCUCCGAUAAGGUUGUCUCCUGACCGGCCCCCAUCUAGAGCGACCUUUUCCGUUUACCGACGCAGCGGACAAAGAUUCUAUCCCCGGUCCCACGAUGGUUGUACCACGAAGAUCCUCGUAAGGUUGGAGAAUAUUCAGCCACAAUUUUACGGGGAGGUACUGAGUCGAAUAAAAUCUAUUGAACAAAUCUGCAGGCAUGGCACGAUACCACGCGCCGAGCUAGAGGCAAAUGCAGUGGAAAGUAUCGUAACCGUACGAAGAGUCCGAGUCGUUCUGUUCCCUGCUUCCUCGGCAAGGUAUCUCAAUUACCUUCCCAUCACGGUGUACAGCUCUCUCUGCGCCAUGAGCUCGUCAAUAGCGAAUAAUGGAAAAUACAAUAAACUCUUAUGGCAUGAGUCUAGCCUAGGGAUAAGAAGCGCCACAUAGUGCACGGUACAGGACGCGGAAAGAUAUGUCUAUAUAGAUCCUUUCGGCUGCCAGGGCGGAUCGUCCUGGAGUAGCUCC